AUGGCCGCCGUCCGCGCGUCGCCGCUCGGCGCCGUCGCGUCGCGCGCGAACCCGCGCGCGCGCGCUUCUUCGAUGGUCGGAGGACGCCCGCGAGUCGUCGUCGCGAUCGCGAGACCCCGGGCCUCGAACCGUCGCCGCGUCGCGAGCGCGUCCGCGGACGCGUCGUCCUCCUCCGGCGCGCUCGCGGUCUCCUACCGGACCGACGCCGACGGCGCCGUCGUGUAUCGAUUCGGCGGCGAAGGCGACGACGACGACGACGACGACGCGUCGCGACGCGCGCGCGGAGAAGGUGAAGACGAGCGCGGAUCAUCCGACUUUGAGAUCCUGCGCGCCGCGGACGGCAGCGUCAUGUUCCGGUUCGCCGACGCCGCCGCGGACGCGUCCGCGGCGGUGAACAACGUCGUGACGCGCGUGGAGGACGACGUCGCGGCGACGGCGACGGCGACGGCGGCGGCGGCGGCGGCGGCGACGGCGACGACGACGACGACGAAGUCCUUAAGGAACGGCGUUCACCACGCGAACGCGGUCGUACGGGAACCAGUCACGACGACGGUCGGGGAGAAGGCGGAGGAACGACAAAAAAUAUCCGCCGGAAAAACCGCCGCGGCGGGCGCCGUCGCGGCGCCGCCGCCGGCGCGGCCGCCGCCUCGCGGCGGCGGGUCCGCGGACGCGCUGCGACCGCUCCCGCCCGCGCUGCGGCGGAUGUCGGAGCUCGGCGUGCGGACCGUGCUCGACGGCGUGGAGUCGGCGUUUGAAACCGUCAGGCGCGUUCUAUCGUCGCGCCGGUUCCCGUUCGUGCGCCGGUCCCCAUACGACCGCGUUCGCGUUGUGAACUUCAUUCCUUAA